AUGUCAUCGGCACGAACUGCCGUUGAAGCUUUGUCCUUCAGCACCGAGAAGAAGGAAUUCAUUCUCAACGACCUUGACCCUAUUUUGGAGAAGAUGGUUGCUGAAGUCAUUGCGAAAGCACCUGCCAGGCCGAUGGACUUUAUGAUAGCAUGGCUGCGCAGAAGUGCAAACAUCGAUGAGUCAAUUCCUUCCAAACAUUGCUCCCUGCAGCAGACAAAUGCCAAUUUGCGCAAACAGCUUGCUCACAUGCAGAACUUCUUGCAAGAGGUCGGUGCACCAGCAGAAGACGCCGGGCCAAAGGAGCAGCCAUCGCAGGAGCCGAAGAUUGGUGAGGAGACAGUUGGGGAGGAAACGCAGGAGGACUGCCCCAGACGCAGUGAUGCAGUGCAGACUGCAGGGCAGCACUGCGGUGGUGAGGAGACGCAGAAACGAUGUGGACUCAUGUUGACUCGGAUCCAAAAGGAGACUGAGGCCAACCGUGGACUGGCAAAAGCCCGUGAAGCCGCUGAGGAGAUCUCACGGAAGCUUGCUGAGCAGGCCUUGAUGAGAGGCAAAAUGAGGCACAUACUCCUUCUGCUUGCUUGCUUGUCGCAGGACAUGCAAAAGCGUGUGCAAAUCGAAGCAGACCUUCGUGAGAAGGACGCCGCGCGGUAUCUUCGACAGGUGCGGGUGCGGAUUGUCGAAGUUUCGAAGGUGGAGUACUACGAUCGGCUUUUUGGUGGCUUAGAGGAGGGAGAAAUCCUCGAAUGGUACAACACGGACCUGGCCGGCUGGGAGGAUCUCGGCUCUGUAUUCGGAAACAUCACGCGACAACGAGCUCUUCGACGAAUCCUUGACCUGGGAUGUGGCACUUCGCGUCUCCCUGUGCAGCUGGCACGGCUUGAUUUCGGUCCACGCGUGGUUGUGGGCUGCGACGCCUCUGCUGUAGCCAUCGCUCGGCAGAGAGUUAUGGUGCAGCCUCGUAGGCCUGGACAAGCUCGAUUGAUCUUCACAGUUGCCGAAGCUUCCAGGCUGCCGUUCCGUGACAGCUGCUUUGACAUCAUCAUAGAGAAAGGUUUCCUGGAUGCUCUUCUCAGCACGAGGCUGGGUGAGCAGCAGGUUCCUGCCGUGCUGAAAGAGGCUUGGCGCGCGCUGGCGGCAGGCCGAGCUACAACCUCCGGGAGAAGUUCAAGAGGUUGCCAGAAACCGUGCCCGUGGCUUGAGCUGCUUUGA